GAAGUCAAGCCUCGAGAGCCCGGGCACCUUCCCGGCAGGAGAGGCACGCCUCCCGGGAGGCAGGCUGUGGGGCCCGCAGCCCCCCCGGCCCCGGCCUGGCCACAGGGUCCAGCCCCUGCGGGUAGCGCCCGGGAAGGCCCCUGACGGUUGGCACGGGCCGUGCCUGCCUCACCUGGGGCCCCCGAGUUGGGGGUCGCCCCCAAGAUGGUGGCGGCCCCGGGGAGGACUGUGCUGCUGGCCCCAGCCUCUGGCCGCUAGGCCCCUCCCGCCCCGGCCCCCCACCCUGAGCCUGGCCUGCGCGGGGGCCGCGGCUGGAGCCAUGCUGCGCCUGGGGCUGUGCGCGGCCGCGCUGCUGUGCGUGUGCCGGCCGGGCGCCGUGCGCGCCGACUGCUGGCUCAUCGAGGGCGACAAGGGGUACGUGUGGCUGGCCAUCUGCAGCCAGAACCAGCCGCCCUACGAGACCAUCCCGCAGCACAUCAACAGCACCGUGCACGACCUGCGGCUCAACGAGAACAAGCUCAAGGCCGUGCUCUACUCCUCGCUCAACCGCUUCGGGAACCUCACGGACCUCAACCUCACCAAGAACGAGAUCUCCUACAUUGAGGACGGGGCCUUCCUGGGCCAGUCGAGCCUGCAGGUGCUGCAGCUGGGCUACAACAAGCUCAGCAACCUGACCGAGGGCAUGCUGCGUGGCAUGGGCCGCCUGCAGUUCCUCUUCGUGCAGCACAACCUCAUCGAGGUGGUGACGCCCGCCGCCUUCUCCGAGUGCCCGAGCCUCAUCAGCAUCGACUUGUCCUCCAACCGCCUCAGCCGCCUCGACGGCGCCACCUUCGCCAGCCUGGCCAGCCUCAUGGUGUGCGAGCUGGCCGGCAACCCCUUCAACUGCGAGUGCGACCUCUUCGGCUUCCUGGCCUGGCUCGUGGUCUUCAACAACGUCACCAAGAACUACGACCGCCUGCAGUGCGAGUCUCCGCGCGAGUUCGCCGGCUACCCGCUGCUGGUGCCCCGGCCCUACCACAGCCUCAACGCCAUCACCGUGCUCCAGGCCAAGUGCCGCAACGGCUCCCUGCCCGCCCGGCCCGCCAGCCACCCCACGCCCUACUCCACCGACACCCAGAGGGAGCCCGACGAGAACUCGGGCUUCAACCCCGAUGAGAUCCUUUCGGUGGAGCCGCCGGCCUCGUCCACCACGGAUGCGUCGGCGGGGCCGGCCAUCAAGCUGCACCACGUCACCUUCACCUCGGCCACCCUGGUGGUCAUCAUCCCGCAUCCCUACAGCAAGAUGUACGUCCUGGUCCAGUACAACAACAGCUACUUCUCCGACGUCAUGACGCUCAAGAACAAGAAGGAGAUCGUGACGCUGGACAAGCUGCGGACGCACACCGAGUACACCUUCUGUGUGACCUCACUGCGCAACAGCCGGCGCUUCAACCACACCUGCCUGACCUUCACCACCAGGGACCCGGUCCCAGGCGACCUGGCGCCCAGCACCUCCACCACCACCCACUACAUCAUGACCAUCCUGGGCUGCCUCUUCGGCAUGGUCAUUGUGCUGGGAGCCGUCUACUACUGCCUGCGCAAACGGCGCAUGCAGGAGGAGAAACAGAAGUCGGUCAAGGUCAAGAAAACCAUCCUGGAGAUGCGCUACGGGGCCGACGUGGAUGCCGGCUCCGUUGUCCACGCCGCCCAGAAGCUGGGCGAGCCCCCUGUGCUGCCCGUGUCCCGAAUGUCCUCCAUCCCCUCCAUGAUUGGGGAGAAGCUGCCCACCACCUCCAAGGGGCUGGAAGCUGGGCUGGACACGCCCAAGGUGGCCACCAAGGGCAACUACAUUGAGGUGCGCACGGGCACGGGAGGCGACGGCCUGGCCCGGCCCGAGGAUGACCUCCCGGAGCUGGAGAAUGGCCAGGGCUCGGCCGCUGAGAUCUCCACCAUCGCCAAGGAGGUGGACAAGGUCAACCAGAUCAUUAACAAUUGCAUCGAUGCCCUCAAGUUGGACUCGGCCUCUUUCCUGGGGAGUGGCAGCGGUGGCGGGGACCCUGAGAUGGCCUUCGAAUGCCAGUCCCUCCCCGCGGCCUCCACCACCUCCUCGACUGCCACCCCCGGGGGGCUGGAGCGGCCCAGCUUCCUCUCACCCCCCUACAAGGAGAGCUCCCACCACCCGCUGCAGCGCCAGCUGAGCGCCGAUGCCGCCGUGGCCCGCAAGACCUGCAGCGUCUCCUCCAGCGGCUCUAUCAAGAGCGCCAAGGUCUUCAGCCUGGACGUGCCAGAUCACCCGGCCGCCACGGGGCUGGCCAAGGGCGACUCCAAGUACAUCGAGAAGGGCAGCCCCCUCAACAGCCCGCUGGACCGGCUCCCGCUGGUGCCCGCGAGCAGCAGCGGGAGCAGCGGCGGGGGUGGCGUCCACCACCUGGAGGUGAAGCCCGCCUACCCCUGCAGCGAGCACCGGCACAGCUUCCCGGCCCUGUACUACGAGGAGGGCACCGACAGCCUGAGCCAGCGCGUGUCCUUCCUCAAGCCGCUGACCCGCACCAAGCGGGACUCCACCUACUCGCAGCUCUCCCCCAGACACUACUACUCAGGUUACUCCUCCAGCCCUGAGUACUCGUCCGAGAGCACGCACAAGAUCUGGGAGCGCUUCCGGCCCUACAAGAAGCACCACCGGGAGGAGGUGUACAUGGCCGCCGGCCACGCCCUGCGCAAGAAGGUCCAGUUCGCCAAGGACGAGGACCUGCACGACAUCCUCGAUUACUGGAAGGGGGUCUCGGCCCAGCAGAAGCUGUGA